CCAGAUGGUACAUAUUUGUGUGCACUUCAACACUAGCCUAAACUAAACACGAGAUUUUAUUACUAAAGUCAUCGAUCAGGUCCUGAAUUAAGCGAAACGAUAAAUAAAUCGAAUAUAGAUAGUGUUACAUUGAAGUAAUUAUUUAUGACAACAAUUUCAUACAUGAAGUAAUAUGGAAAUAGAUCCAGUGUUCGAUAUUCCCAGCACAUUCGUACAAGAAUUUAAUAAUACAAAUGUUGAACGAAUCUCUGAAAAUGGAGACAAAAACCCACAGGCUUACAAGACGAUUAACCGUACAACAGGAAACACCAGAAAUGGCCAUGAUCGAGCUCAAAACAAUUACGACGAGUCCGUAGUUCCUCCUGAAUACAGGGAACAAUCUCUCUGGGAUGCGUUAUUCGAACUUGACAACUACUACAAUUCUCCAAUACCAAUCGUCCGGGUUGAAAAUCAUGACAUUUCAACAAUGUAUCCUGAGGGAAUCUCAUUGGACAUUAAUACCAAUACCAUUGGUAAUUUUACAUCAGCACCACACUCAAACCCACCUCUGCAAACUCAGUCUAGUGAGUUGGUUCGAAAUUUGCAGAACCGUGUAAUCUCGGUCAAUCCCUCUACAACUGCGGCGUAUCAACCUACUGAGACAAAUGCUGUUGCUGUGGUACCACGACCUCGACCCCCUCUGAGAACGGAGACUGAUCACCCCAUGUCCUCAUCGACCAUAAACUUACAAGCCAUCCAAAUUGGAACAUAUUACUUUGCUCGCAACACUUACAAUCAAAGGGACCGAUUGCAACCUGUGGCGACUUUUUCGACAAAUGUGAUCUCAUUUGUCAUACCACACUCCAAACUAUGUAGUAUACCAGUUACCUGCGCCAUACCAGUGAGAUGCAUUGGUAAAGUGGAAGCACCCAAGUCUGGCGAAACUUUCCCAGCAAUAUUUAUUCACCUGAGCGACUCCGGAUGUACUAAUUACUUACGAAAUUUACUUGGAUUUGGUUAUGAUCCGAAGGAUGCAGAUUAUCAUUUCGAUCCUGAGAGUGCAGAUGUGAACCAAAGUAGGAUCACCUUUGUUGGAAAGACAAACGACAAUACUUAUGCAUCCAGGUUGCAAGAUAUAUUGGCAGGGCAGACUACGCUGGAAAUCGGUUAUUUUACAUUCCUUACAAUUUUGCAUGAUUCCGUCAAAUAUCUUAGGCAGAAACGAAAUCGUUUUUCUAUGAAUUAGAUAGAACAUGGUAUGGUUUAUCAUUAUAAAGUAAUUCAAGUGCUGUUGUGUGCACAAUUAAUUAAUUGCACAGUUUGCAAAUUAAGGAGAAACUCUUACAAUUAAGCAAAAUAUCUAUGUUAUUCGACUGCUAUCGCACAGUUCCACUUUCCUCAUUCCGUAGACAUGUCUUAAUUAAGUAAAUGACUUAAUUACGUGAUACUUAAUUAAGUAAGACGAGCUGAUUAUAUCAGAUUACACAAGGAAAGGGCCGAACCCAGCCAUCCUAAAGAGCCCCUCCUACGUACAAAAUUUUGUAGUAAUAUGGAUUUAUUUAUUCACGUCAGGAUGCGCAGGAUAAAUUUUUACUCCAGCGGACAUUCGCAAAUGUAUGUAGAAAAUUUACUGAUCACCGCAAUCCCAAAUAUUGUGGGAAAGCAAAUUAUCUAAUCCAAUAAUACAUCAGUAAUAACAAAUGAGUAUUGUAAAAAUAACGGUUUAUGUAUGUAAUACAGUUGGCCCCACGCAAAUUGUGUAGUGUAAGUACUUAGAAGUUGGAUAGAAAAUAUGAUAACGUCAUAGACCAUCAUAUGCACUACUAAAUUACGCCAAACUCAUGUGAAGCUUGGUGAAAAUAUGUGUGUAAUAAAGAAACUGCGCAUGUUCUGUAUAUUUAAAUAA